AUGGGCAAUGAGUCGCAGCGCUGGUGCUGCGGCACGUCCCAGGAUUGCUGCAACGAGGACUCAGGCUUGGGCAUCGAGUACCUCCCCAUUACAUUCGACCCUAAGAGUUUCACCGACGCGUUUGCUUCGUCGUCAUUUUCGGUAGCGUCCUCGAAACCUACGUCUUCCGCAACGAAAACACCGUCUUCGUCUGCCGUGGCGCCCGCUUCUACAUCAGCAUCACAUUCUACAGCAUCACCAUCACCCGCCUUAACCUCCACUCCAUCCUCGACUUCCUCUUCAGAACCCUCCACAGGCCUCUCUACCGGCGCCAAAGCCGGCGUCGGCGUCGGCGUCUCCGCCGCAGCCCUCGCCCUUAUCGGCCUAGGCAUCAUCUGGGGUCGUCGCAAGUCGGCCUACACGUUUGACCCAGCCUCCGACUCAGUGCCCCUAGAGAAGGACGCCACCGUGUACGCACACUGGGAUCACUCGCAGGGUGGAACUUCUUACGAGGGACCCGUGAUGCCGCCGCCAACACCUCGUAAAGACAAUGAAGUACAGAUCCAUGAAAUGCCUUGUUUCGAGAGUCGAAAGGAAUUAGAUGGAGGAUCGGUUGACGAGGUGAAGACGAAGAAGAUGUAUGCGUAG